AAUUAGUACUCCUGGUUUUCUGAAAUUCUGGAGCUACUACACCAAGAAGGUCAUCCAGAGUAGAAGCUCCAACUGAUGUCGUUCAACAAGGAUACAACUGCAAUUGUUGGUCUUGUUGACUCUUUGCUGGAAUUGAUUUCGGAGAUUACAGCAUCAACGGUUUGCAUAGAAUUAGAAUUUGAAAAGUUUAACGAAUUUGGAUGCUACCUUUAUCGAGCUUCUAUAGUCAUAAUGGAGCUGCAGACAAUCGAGAAUGCCCCGGCAAAUGCAAUGGAGAUUCUACAGUCUCUGGGUAAAAGCAUUAAUUUGGCCAAGGAUCUUGUGAAAAAAUGCGAGAAAGGCAGCUGUUCAGAUUUAGAUACUGAACUGAAAAUCACGAUGACACAGCUUGGGGAGGUAAUAAAAUGUAUGGGAGAAUGCUUGAGCUCGAUACCUUCAUCGACAUUUACGGGCCAAGAAUAUGCAGAAGUUGCAGUCCAGUGUCUUUCAAAGGAGAUGGUGAAUGCUUACUUUGAUGUCACCCACAAUCAAGUGUCAGAGACCAAAGAGCAGGAGCCGCAGAAACUACCAAACGAAGAACCACCAGAAUCAGAUCUCUACUCUAUCAGUGUAGAAGUUUCCAUGGAUAAUGCCAAGUUACUAGGCAUGCCACGUCUUGGGGACUUCUUUACAAACACCAGUCUCAGCAGCCAAAGCAGCUAUCAGAACGUAAGCAGAUCAAUGACAUUGCCGAAGGUAGCUCAGUACAUCGAACCACUGUAUGAGACUUUCUUCUGUCCAUUGACUAAGGAAGUUAUGGAUGAUCCGGUAACCAUUGAAACUGGAGUGACCUAUGAAAAGAAGGCAAUAUCAGAGUGGUUUGAAAAGUUUGAAAAUUCAGAGGAAAUAGUUUGUCCAACCACAGGGCAGAACCUGAGCAGCAGGCGCUUAAGCACCAAUUUAGCUCUAAAGACCACAAUAGAGGAAUGGAAGGAUAGGAAUGAUGCCGCAAGGAUCAAGGUUGCUCGGGCAGCUUUGUCUUUAGCUAGUUCAGAAAGAAUGGUAUUUGAGGCUAUAAAAGAUCUCCAAAGUUUAUGCCGAAGGAAAGAGUACAAUAAGGUACAGGUCUGCAAUGUCGGAAUGUUGCCAUUGCUGGUUAAUUUUUUAGGGUAUAAAGACGGAGAUGUCAGAUGUGCAGUGUUGGAUCUAUUACAUCAACUUGUGGAGGAAGAUGAUGAUGGAAAGGAAAUAAUUGCGAAGAUCAUUGAUAUUUCAAUUAUAAUCAAGUUGCUGUCAAGUAGUCUGCAACCUGUAAGGCAUGCAUCGUUGUUGUUCUUGCUUGAGCUUUCAAGAUCCCAACUUUUGUGUGAGAAACUUGGUUCAGUUACCGGCGGGAUACUGAUGCUGAUCAAAAUCAAAUACAGUCGGUCUGUUGAUGCCUUUGCUUCAGAAAAAGCAGAAAAAAUCUUAAAGAAUCUAGAGAGAUUACCAGAUAACAUUAAGUGCAUGGCAGAAAAUGGACUCUUGGAACCCCUGAUAUAUCAUCUGAAUGAAGGUUCUGAGGACAUGCAGAUCGAAAUGGCGAGCUACCUUGGGGAAAUUGUUCUUGGACAUGACAGCAAAACCUAUGUGGCUGAGAGGGUUGCUCCUAAUCUCGUCAGAAUGGUGCAGAGUGAUAACACUUUAACAAGCAGGACAGCAUUCAAGGCUCUAGUGCAAAUCUCUUCUCACAAUCCAAAUGGAAAAAUACUUGUAGAAGAAGGUGUUGUACAGAUCAUGGCUGAAGAGAUGUUCAACCGGGGAAUCUACAAUGAACCAAUGAACUCAAAAGGAGAAGCUGCUGCAAUUCUUGCUAACAUACUUGAAUCUGGGAUUGAGUAUGAGAACCUCCAAGUAAGUACUCAGGGCCACAAAAUGACUUCAGACUAUGUUUUGUACAACUUAAUCUACAUGCUGAAGAAUUCUACUCCGGAUGAACUCAAUGUCAGUCUUAUCAGAAUUUUAUUAUGCUUGUCAAACUCUCCAAAAUCAAUGGCCACCAUUGUCUCGGUUAUCAAAGAUUCUGAAGCGAGCUACUCCCUGAUUUCAUUCAUCAACAACCCACACGAAGAGCUUGGAGUUGCAACAAUAAAACUACUCAUCACAAUCUCGCCUUACAUGGGUCACACACUAGUUGAGAGACUAUGCAAAACAAGAGGUCAACCUGAGAACCUAAUUCAAUGCCCAACUGAAACAACCUGUAUAACACAGAAACAGGCAAUUUCAGCAAAGUUUCUUGCAAAACUUCCCCACCAGAACCUAACACUCAAUCUAGCUCUUCUUGGCAAGAAUGUAGUGCCUACAGUUCUACAAUCAAUCAAUCUAAUCCAAAGAAGUGGAACAAGAACUAGCAGGUAUGCAAGUGCUUUCUUAGAAGGCCUAGUUGGUGUUCUUGUUAGAUUCACAACUACACUGUAUGAACCCCAAAUGCUGUUUCUAGCAAGAAACUACAACUUCACAGCUGUAUUCACAGAACUGCUUAUGAACACAUCAUGUGAUGAAGUUCAGAGGUUAUCUGCAAUUGGGUUGGAGAAUCUAUCUUCAGAAUCAACAAACCUAUCAAAACCACCAGAAAUAAAGAAAACCAAGUUCUUGAAAGUGUUAACCUUACCAAAAUCCCUAUCAUUUAGCUCAUCAAAGAAGAAGAUACCAUCAGUCUGUCCAGUUCACAGAGGCGCUUGUUCUUCACAAAACACAUUUUGCUUAAUUGAUGCAAAGGCGGUUGGCAGGUUGUUGGCAUGUUUGGAACAUGAGAAUGUUGAGGUGGUUGAAGCUGCAUUAUCGGCUCUAUGUACAUUGCUGGACGACAAAGUUGAUGUAAACAAGAGUGUGAGCAUGUUGAGUGAAGUGAACACCAUACAGCAUGUGUUGAAUGUGGUUAAAGAACACAGAGAAGAGGGACUCUGGCAAAAAUCAUUUUGGAUGAUUGAUAGAUUCUUAAUGAAAGGUGGAGAUAAACAUGCUUCAGAUAUCUCGCAGGACAGGUUGCUGCCUGCUACAUUGGUCAGUGCUUUCCACCAUGGGGAUAUCAAUACAAGGCAGAUGGCUGAAAAAAUCUUGAGGCAUUUGAACAAGAUGCCCAAUAUCUAUGCUUCCAACUAUACUAUGUAAAUAAAAUACAAAAGGGAAGGUAGAAUUAGCAUGUAAAGAAAUUGUAGUCAUGCUGAAGUGUGUGAUUAUGGGGACUAUAACCGGUUGUAUGUUGUCAACUUAUGGUUCUCUUUAUCUUGUUACCCGAUAUUGUUGAACCUUGAGGUGUCUGCUACAUGGUACGAAGUUUUGAUGACUCAUCUUUCACGCUAAGAUCACUCUUUUUUGUUUUUGUUCAGUUCAUUAAGUACGAUGGCUGCUGAUGGAUCCCACAUCAUUUAGAUUGGAUGAAUUCAAGCAGGUCAACUGACUUUCAAAA